GUCGCGUUUUCCAUCACUAUCAGUUCGCUGUGUUGUUUCUGUUCGCUGUAUUCUGCUGCUGCAAGUCCCACAAGCAAACGUUUUUUUGUUAGUAGCUACAUAAUUAAAGAAAAAAUCGAACGUGUGUUUAGGUAUUUAAUUGCCUCCGCCGCCAACGACUGAUUAUUGUGCGCGAGUGAGACGGGUGAGCUCGGCUGUUUUCGUUGGAGCCACUCAUUAUUUGUCUAGAAGUGUAGCGGGAUAUACCUACCUAUUUAGCAGUCGUAGCUAGAAAUUCGUCUCUGUAGGGGUGAAAAAUAUUUAUUUUAUUGUGUGUUGUAUGAUCGUCCUCAGACGGGAGAUCUCAAUAAUAUACGUGUCGUCUGAUUCGUUGGCUUGCAGGCUGCUGUGCUCGAUAGAUCAUUGACUGUUCGGAUCCGUUGUUGGAAUCUACCUAUUCGAUUAGUUUCGGUGUGAACGGGUUGACGUGUUCGUUUCGUGGUUUCAUUGUUUCCUCUUUCCGAAUUCGGUGGAGAGAAAGUCUAGAAAACGAAAAAAAAAAAAAGGAAUCAAGUGUGUGGCACACAUUUGCUGGAAAGGUGCGAUUUUUUCUGCAAACGGUGCCACUUUGAAGCGAUCCGGAUACUGGUGUCAAAAGUGCGGAUGGAAAAAUCUUAUUUUUAGGUGUCAUUUUCGAUCGUUCCCUUACGUCUAUACAGAUUUUUUUUCAUAUAUAUAUAUAUUGUGUGUCAUUUUCGUGUCGUAUAAAGAACGCGUGUGUGUGAGCGAGUGGCAAGACGAAGAAGAAAAUAUCAUAUAACAGAGCGGCGGUACGCGAGGCGUAGAUCACCUCUUGGAGUCUCUCGGAAUAAAGCAGAAAGGUGUGCUACGAAGCAUCGGACCUGCCUGUCGCACGGUACAAGGUGAAGGUCGUUCAAAGGCGUCGGGUGAAGUGAGGUAGCAAUUUCUGGAAAAGAUCGUUCAAGCACCCGGGAAUCGAUUGGGAGAUCCGGAAGUAGUGGUUCUUGUUCGAGAUCAAUGCCAAAAGCAAAGCAGUAACAGCUUGUGAUCGUGUGAUCAAAACCAACAGCAACAAUAACAACAACAACAUCAAUAGCAGCUUGUCAGACAGCAUUGGCAAAACGGGAAUCGAAUCGUUAUAAUGAGGCAUAUGCGAUGAUAGUGGAUCCAUUCUUUUGUUUUCCUGGUUUGCAUUCAACGGUUCCUGUUAGCAUCAUCUUGUCGGAGCAGAAACGAAAUCCAGCUUCGCACAGAGAAAUGCAUCACUUCCGAGUAUUCCCAUCUGCGGCCGCAAUUCGAAGCUGGUUGCUUGUUGCUCUAUCGUUGGCGUUGUUCACCUCAUCAUCAUCGAUCGUGUUUGUGUCGUGCUUUGAAAGUGAGGCGCAAAGCGAUGACAUACAGCUCAACUCAAGGCAAACAUAUCCAGUACAGAGGCAACAACAGCAACAGCAGCAGCAGCAGAAAAUCCCCGUUCAACAGUCCGAUCGCGGUGCUGACGGUGAGCUUCGAGGCGAUCCAGUAGGAUCGUCAGGUGGUAGUGUUUUACCGACAACCGAUGGCAGUCAACAACAACACCAACAACAGCAACAACAACAACAUCAACAGUCUUCUAAAGCAGGCUCUUCCGGUCAGCAGUCUUCUAAUCGGAUGUUGGAGACUCGAAACUCGUACGCUGUUCUCAGCCAGGCGAUGUCUCAAGCCGUCCAUCAUGAAUUUGGAACCUACGGUAGUGGGUCCGCAGACGGGGCCUGCUCGGCCGACGAUAUGGACUGCAUUGCCCAUCACGAUCACCUGGGGAUGGAAGCGAUCCGGUCGCUACACCGCCAGCUGGAUGACGACGACAACGGGGAUAUCGAUCUGAGUGAGUCGGAUGAUUUUCUCCGGGAGGAACUGAAGUACGAUUCCGGCUACGAAAAGCGCCACCGAGCGUUUCACUUCAACGACGACAUGCACAUCUCGGUGAAGGAACUGUGGGAAGCGUGGCUCCGGUCGGAAGUGCACAACUGGACCGUAGAUCAAACGACGGAGUGGUUGGCGCAAAGUGUCCAGCUACCGCAGUAUGUGCACCUGUUCCGAUUGCACAAGGUCACCGGCAAGGUACUGCCCCGGUUGGCCGUUAACAAUAUGCACUACGUGAGCAAUGUGCUCGGAAUUAAGGAUCCCAUCCACAAGCAAAAGAUUGCUCUGAAGGCCAUGGAUGCGGUGCUGUUUGGACCCCCGAGAGAAACGGGAACCCGCUGGAAAGAUCUGCUACUGGUGACGUUGCUGUUGACGGCCAUCAUAGGCAGCUGGUAUGCCUAUCAGCAGAACAAAAACGCUAAGAUACACCUCAAGCGGAUGGCAAAGGAUGUGGAAGGACUGCUGAAAGCGGAAGUGGCUCUCAAGGACAUGCAGAAGGAACUGGAAAUAGCUCGAUUGGAGCAGGAAAAUGUUGGUAAGGAAAAACAGGAUCUGGAACGACGCUUACGGGAGGCACCGACCCUUACCUCUUCCAAUUCGGAUCUUGAACUGCAACAGUUGAAACAGGAGAUCGAAAUGCUUCGGACGGAGCUUUCGCGAGCGGAAGUGGAAAUUAACGAUCACUGUUGGACGCCACCGCCGGGUCUGCAGAGUUGGCUACAGUUGACAUUCGAGCUGGAAAACAAACAGCACAUUCGGAAGCGUGUGAUGGCCGAAAAGCAGCUGAUGUCGGCCCGGGAAGCUUGCGAGAAGCUGAAAAAGAAACGAUCCAGUUUGGUGGGAGCGUUUGUGUCGACCCACGGCAAAAGCAUUGACGACGUGGACCGAAGUAUCGUCGAAGCCCGCAACGCGCUGAAUGAUGUAACCAACGACCUGCAGGAACGAAUGUACCGAUGGAAACAGAUCGAGCAACUGCUCGGGUUUAGCAUAGUGAACAACAACGGACUGGCGCAUCUGGAGAAUCUGCUUUACAGUCGAAAUGGCGUGGGCAGUAAAAGCUAUCGAUCGCGCCUAUCAAGCAGCCAGGACGACCUCGAUGACGACUCUAUGCAAGGUUUGUACGAUGGAAUGUGCCGGGGGAUCCGCGAUGACUCCUCCGCCAGUGAUGAUGGCGAACGUGGGGAACGAGACACCGUCACUUUUAUCGUUGGUGGCGGCUACCCGGCAACCUCGAAUCUACAGCUGACGUCGCUGAACCCGCUGAGUACCGGCAUCGUAGCACCGACGACCGCCAUGGCCUAUCUGGCAAAUCAAGGCCAACAGCAGCAGCAGCAGCAAACAUCUUCACCGACGAUGUCCCACCAGCAGUUCCAUCACGGUAGCAGCAGUAGUAACGGUUUAAACUACUCCGGAUCGGUUUCUUCCACGACACCUUCCUCGCCGAUGUCAUCACCGUUUUCCUACAGCAGUUUGCCGAUGCACGGCCAACACCACGGUCAACAUCAGAACAUUAACGACAGUUCACAAAGCUUGCACGACGAAACGCUGAUCACUUCUUCGACCGAGCGUUCCGUGCCGCCCCGAUCGAAGAAGGUCCCGGCCAAGCUACCCCAGAUUGUGCAGGGCGGGUUGGGAAAGACACCGAUGCCACCGCCACGGAAAACUAUGUCGUCACAGAGCCUCUUCUCGCUGGUCCGAUCAACCGACUCCGACGUGGUGCCCCUGGGAUCCCCAUCGCUAUCUCUUCCACCGACAUCUUCGAGCACUGCAUCGUCGCCGGUCGGCGGAACAGUUACUUCCGUUUCCACUGCAUCCACGCUACCGCUCCAGCAGCUCACUGAGUACUACCUUGCCCAGCAACAGCAGCAGCAACAACAACAACCACCACAACAACAGCAGCAGCCUCACCAACACCAACACCACCAUCACCAACACCAACACCAUCAACCCACCCACAGUAAGCAGCAGCAGCACCACCACCAACAGCAGCAAGCACAUGGGGACGGCUGUGUCACUUCCGGCGGUGCUGCAGCAGGAACUGCAUCCGGAGCCGGAACGGAGUUGGACAACUGCUCGACCGAUUCCUCCACUGUCGACGAAGACGUCAAGCGACGAGGACGACGAAAGUUACCGUUCCCCUUCGGAAAGAAAUUUAGCAAAUCCAAAAAGAAUCAAUGAUCGGCUACCGUACGCCGCGGAUCCGGAUGAGGACGGUGGAGUGAGUGACGAACGACAACGACUGACGCGGGAACGCGAUGCGGGAUGCAGUCCUCGGACGGAACGAAGCAGCAGUGUGUGACAAAGGUGGCGCAACAGCAUUGGAGUCAUUCGAAGGAUGGUCAGUCGGAAAGGGAAGAGCCUUGCAAGAGAGCGCGAAACUUGUGAUACUAGUAGUCAACGGGUGCCAGGGGUCGAGGGAUGAUGGUGGAGGGGUAAGUUCCUGGUUCUUCCAUCAUUUUCCCCCGUCCGUGUCUUGCUUCGUUGACGAAGAAUGUGUAAUUUUUUUUUACUUUAAUCUAUCGUAUCCACGAGUCAAUUCUACUUUAGUUACUUGAUUUUUCGCAAGUUUAAAUGUUGUGGCCUAUUGAAAUUUGAUUAGUCGUCGACACGACACGGAUGUUGCAAUGCUAUGAGUGAGAGAAACUAGUUGAUUGAAACCUCUUCCGGGCACCCCAGUUUUCGGGGGUUGCAAACUUAAAACACGUUACUUAUCGAAUCGAAUCGGUGUGAAGAUGCUGUAGGUACUUGAAAUAUUGUUAUCGUAAUUUUUAGGGACAGACACAGAUAGCACAAUUGCACAGAAAAAAAAACAAAACUGAUCAAGCGUAGUGUCAAAUGAAAUCCUAAACGCCGAUUGCCGUGUGAGAGCACGGUUUUUAAAAAGUCUGACGAAAAUUUUGAAUGCAAUAGUUGAUUGAGUUGAAGCAGUUUUCUUUUCGUUUUUUGCAAUACAAAUCGUAGAUUGGGAAUCGAAAGUGAGGUUAUGUUAUGUAGAACAAACAAGGUGAGACAAAAUAAAAACAUUGAAUUAGAAUAUUUUGAAAAAAAAGGAAGAAACCUCUUCUGUGCCCUUUCUUUGCACGUGGAACAACUUAAAGUUUACCUUUAUUUAGACGUAGGACAGAUCUAAAAAGACUUGGGGAGGUUUUUGUUCGAUCAAACUGAUUGAAUUGUUAGUAAUUUGAAGAGCUCUGGUGGCGCUUCGCACGACACGUUGCGAAAUCAACCACUUUGGUCUGCUCGACGGAUAUUUGAAGUUAAUCGGAUUGAUCAUCCUUGCAAUUCAAUAGGUUGUUAAGUUUGUAUGUUAUAUUAUUUCUAAGUGGACUGGUAUGAGCUCUCUGCAAAUUCGAUAAUCAUGUAAUUAUAGCCGUAUAAAAUUCUCCGGCAGUUCAGCGAAUAUAAAGCGUUGAAUAUUUGUUUAGGUCAUAUUUAGCAUACGAUAACCUUCAGUUUGUUUUGUCUAUCGGAACAAACGGAAGGAAUAGGCAUAGUCUGGAGCUUAUGUCAUCAAUUCAAAUUUUUAAUAUUCAAGUCAUUUCUGGUGAAAUCAAGAGUAGUUUAGUUUUGAGUUCAGUUGUAUUCAUUCUCAAACACCUGACAGGAUUCGAAAAUAACAGUUUUAUGUGACAAUCUGCUAAUGAAAUGGCAGUUCGAUGCAAAAACUACUGGUCUUACAAGCCAGAUGUCGUAUGUUCGAGCCCCGACAUGGAAGGAUUCUUAGUGUUAAUCGUCAACUGCACCAGCCAUGCAAUGGUUCUGUACGCUGAGAAUCGGCUGUUGAAACAGAAGGUUGAAUUCCUCUAACGGAAUGCAAUACCAUGGCUUUGCUUCUUGGUAAUUUGAAAACCCAAUUUAGAUGAAUCAGCCAGGGCGAGAUACAAUACCUGAAAUAUUGCAUUUUUGUGAUUGAAGGGUGGUAGUUGAAUGGCGUCAAGUGUGGACUAUAAAACAGGUGGAGCAGAUUUUUUCGUUCACUACGAUCAAAAUAGUGUUUCCCAAAAAUCGCGACAUAUGACCAAGCGUUGUCGUAGUGAAAAUUCAAUACCCGUCUCUACUGAUUUAGAUGAGUUCGAUACAAUGAUGCCCUACAGUUGUAGUGUCAUUUCCGUAGAUUAACAUUUGCCUCGAAAGCAUAAGUGUUGUCUAGUACGCGAAACGUGCAAGAGAAGAUCUUUUUGCCUUUUUUAUAUAAAAAGGAUAUGCAAUCACUAUGAAAAUCGACUCCGAAAAGUUGAUCCAGAUCCGACUGCCGGUUCGGGUAUUAUAGCGCGAUAGGUGAAAAAUUUUCAUUUUAAUGAGUAUUUUUUCACAAGGAAUUUUUUAUAAAACUUACUGAUACUGAUACUUCGAUUUCUCAGCAACGGUUAAACCGAUUUUCACAAACCAUGUUUCAAAUUAAAGCUCUCAUUGCCUUGAAAGAUACUGGCAAUUUUAUGCAGGUCCGACUACCGGUUCCGGAAUUAGGUGUGUUAAAACUUUCAAACAAAAUUAUGAAAAAUAGGUACGUGCUGGUACAGAAAAAGAAAACACCACCGCCUAGCACACGUCCUGUUUUGUUCAAUUUUGAAUAUCGUGCAGGGUUGCCACAGUUAAAUCUAUAUUAACUGGACAGAACUGUUUACAAAUUGAAAAGGUUAUGGUAGUUUAUACCCAAAUAAAAUUUUUGAUUUCAUUCAAGUUUGAAAAAAAAAUUCUUAACAGAAUCUUCUAGUAAUGUUUGUGAAAAUGUAAGUAAUAUGACAAAGGCAUCAUUACACCACUAGGUGGAUAAGAGAAGAUUUUUUGUUUUGUUUUGUUUCCGCAGAAAAUUCCAAUUCCUCUGAAUCCGUAUCUGACACCACUGAUUCGAUAUGAUGAUUCUUGGAACGAGCAGUUGGUCGAAGGUGAUACUUUUCUAAUCCCAUUGUGUAUGUCUUUUUUUGCAUUUGAAAUUCCAAUCUACUUUUCAUCAACAGUUACAAUACGACACAAAAACACUUCUGUUCAUAUUGAUUAACUCUGGAAAUUUACUUGUUGGCCACGUUUAGAUUUUUUCACAGAAUCUCGGUACAACUUUGCCGAGCAUUUAGCAGUCUCGGUAAUGACAUUGAGGUCUUUUUUAUGCGGGUUUUUAUUCGGAUUUCCGAAGUUAUGCGAUUUAGUUUUAUGCGAAUUUCCGAUGUUAUGCGUUUUUUUAUGCGUAUUUCCGGAAUUUACCGAUUUUUUAAUGCGGCUUUCCUAAGUUAUGCGGUUUUUAUUCGGAUUUUCGAAGUUUUGCGAUUUGUUUAAAUGCGUAUUUCCGAAGUUAUGUGAUUAUUUUUAUGCGGAUUUCCGAAGUUUUGCCUUUUUUUAUGUGGCUUUCUCGAGAUAUGCGAUUUUUUAUGCAGAUUUCCGAAAUUAUGAGGUUUAUGUUUAUGAGUUUUUAUGCAGAUAUCUUAAGUUAUGUGUUUUGUUUUAUGCGGUUUUCCGAAGUGAUACGGGGUUUUUAAUGCGGAUUUCCGAAGUUAUGUGGUUUGUUUUAUGCGGAUUUCUGAAGUUACGCAAUAUUUUUAUACGGAUCUCAGAAGUAAUGUGAUUUUUUAUACGGAUUUCCAAAGUAAUGCGUAUUUUUAAUUAUAUACAUCAAAGGUACAAGAAAUUAUAUACAUAAAAGGUACAAGACUAGAAAAAAAUAACACAAUAAUGACAUAAAUAAAUACGAUUUAUUAAUUUUUAGUUGGUUUGACGUAAAGCCGCCAUAACUAAGUUCAGUUUUGCAAUGACUGAGCGGAAACAUAUAUUGGAGAAGCCAAAUGAAUGAAAAACUAACAGAAAAGAUGAUUUAUAGGAAAAAGAUACGCUCAGAGACAGGACUCGAACCUGCGUUCUUAUGCAUUCCGUGCAUACGCGCUACCAUUUCGCCACUCUGGAUCUUGUUUUAGUCACUCUAAAACGCCAGUCAGACAAAGUAGCACGUACAUCGAACAUGAUCUACAUCCUGGCCGUCACCCGACCGAUACCUUAUAUCCAAACAUCUUCUCUGUCCAUCAAACACUAGUCUUCUCGCUUUAUACCUAUUUCUCCGAUCAAGCAUUGAGUAGGAGAGUGUAUUUAUAAUCGCUUGUCACCUUCUUUAAUGGUGCCAGUCGCUGGCUGGACAUCGUCGGCGACAGACCCCUAUGAAGGUAGUAUUGAUUGGUAGUGUCUGACUGGCGUUUUAGAGUGACUCACUUAAUUUGCUCAAAGAUUCCUCAACCAAUUUUUGCAAGCUGUAAUUCAAAUAAAAGGUGUUAUGAUAAUGCACAAUUUCUUAACUUGAUCCGGAUCUGAAUUCCGGAAUUAACGGACGAUGAGAGUUUAAAAUUUCAAACGUUCGUUAAAGACUUUAAGGCAAAAACUUAAGAAGCCUUCUAAAUUGGGCUCGAAACUCAAAUUCGAAUUUAUUGCUCGUACUAGUUGAUGGUCAAACGAACCGAUCACGACUACACCGGUCUCCGGAUUCCGAUUCCGAAAGAGCCGGAAAUAGUGGUCGAAAAUCCGAAAUGGAAUUUACUCUCUUUUUUCAUAUAUGGCGGGACUUAGUUUGCGGUCUUAUGCAUAUUUCCUGAGUUUUGUCUGGAUAUGAGUUCCGGUCCCGGAACUACAAGAAAAGUGACAAUGCUAAAAAAACGUAAGAAAAUUUUUAAAUUGCACUUAAAACUUCCAAUUUGAAGGUUAUGUCAGUUUCUGACCAUACGACAAAAAACUAUUUUCAAGAAUGUUAUAUAUGAGAAUAAACUGAGGUCUUUUUUACGCGGGAGAUACGUACCGCGUAAAAAACGCAUACCUUUGCAAAUCCGCGUAAAAAACCCGCCAAACUACAGAGUUUUUUUACCUAGGUUCGAUUCCCAACCUCGCACAUAAAGUCAGAAGACUUAUCUGGUCGAAAUGGUGAAUGGCUUCAUGGUUAAAACCUCUAUAAUCGAUUUUUUUAUGGCGAAUGUCGCACAAAUAUAUGAAACGUCGAGAUCUGGUGUAAUCUCCAAAAAAAAAUUUGGAAAAAGAUCGACUUUAGAACUUUUGGGACCGCGUAACUUUGAAAAUCUGCGUAGAAAAAAAUCGCCAAACUAACGGAAUUUUUUUUGAUGCCAAAUGUCUUAGAAAUGCAUGAAACGUCCAGAUCUGGCGCAAUCUGAAAACAAAAAUAUAGGUAAAAAAACCGCGUAUCUUUGAAAAUCCGCGUAGCUUCGAAAAUUCGCGUAAAGAAACAGCAUAAUAAUAAAAAAUUGUAUAAAAAAAGAUUUCAGUGUAUGAGUGGUGUAUUGAAAAAAUGGUUAUUCCUAUUAAUGCCAUACUAGAGAUGGUUGGGUGAGCAAUUUAUUUAAACCCGAACCGACACGUAUCCGAACGAAAAAAAAAACUCUUCACUCGACCCGUAUAUGAUUUUUUUUCGGUCGGGUAUCGAGCUCGAAUACCGGAAACCCGACUCGUACCUGUACUCGACCCGAACGCGACAAACAAUUUUUUGAACCCGAAUCCGAUCCGUACCCGUCGGGUACAGAUACUCGAAAGCCGACCAUUUAUAUUCCACAGCAAUUGUAAAAAAAGGAUGUAAACUCGUCAAACUUAAAUAUUGAUCAUACACAUUGGAAAGUGCUUGACGUUCUUUGCGAUUCAAUGUAUUUCAAAUACAAUGUUUUGUUUUCAAGCACAGGGAAAAAAAGUUAAAAAAAACUGAGUAAUUAUCGACAAGAGUGUGUUAGUCCUCGUACCAGUCCACUUCAAAUCAAAGUAGACAUAGAUCAUUCCAGCUAUUAACGAUACCGAUUUGAAUUGAACAAAUUAUUGCUUAAUUUUACGUAACUUAUUUUGAAUCUAUUUUUCACCGGCUUAAAAACCUCAUCCAAAAAUCUCAAAGAAAGUAGUAUGCGUGCGUGAUAAGACAAACUGAAUGAGGAGUAUGAACUGUUCAUGGAGUGACAGAAACACACACAUACACACCGAAACUAAGUCAGAGAAAGUGUACAAAGGAAAUACGGAAUCUAGAUAGUAGGGAAAUAAAUUUACAGCAACUAGUAAAAAGCGUUUGCCUCGUCGGGCAAACAGAAAAAAACGAUAAACGAUGGUAUUAUAUAUUGGAAAAUUGCAAAUCCGUAACGAGAAGAAAAAAAACUAUAUAUAGGUCUAGAUAACAUAUACUUUUAGUAGUCAUAAAACAAUUUAGCAAAAAAAUAACAAACAAACAAACGUUAUUCCAACAUGAACAUUAUUGACAACAAACCAGAAAACCGAAAACCAACAGUUCUGAAAUGGAGUGGUUCUGUUUUCCUGUUGUGUUUUGUUGUUUUCAAUUACACUAACGAUAACUGAUAAAACAACGGGAAGAAUGCGAGAAAUAUUGUUUUCCUAUAUGCUUAAGAUUACGUAAAGAGUGCGCAGCCGAGCUUUGCUUAUUUAUUUGAUUGCGAAUCUGUCUGUAGUUGCCUACUUUUCUCGAGUGUGCACCGAUAGUAAAAUGUUUUUUUUUUCGUUGUAUUUACCAUUUAGUUAGAGUAGGAUUUUUGGUUUCUCACUGGCACUCUACUAGACUGUGCUCAUCACAACCACCUAUCAACCAAUAGUUACUAUAUUUUAUUUAUCAUCAGUCGGUCUUCUGUUAUUGAUUAGGUAGUUGACAGACCGAGAGCUAUUUAUUUUCCAUGCCUUCUACCCGGAAUUGACUAAUCGAGAAAAAAAACCUUGAAUGGGUAAACCUCAAAUUUAAUUUCUAAUCGACUCUCUUAUUAUCUUUUGAUGUCUAGAACUAAAAACAAACUGUUGUUAUUAUCCUUCAAACGCAAUCAUAUUGCUCAUCGCGAGGAUCUAAAAAAAGAUUAGAACAUAGGACGAGACAAUUGUUACACACUAAAAUAAACAAGCGAGAAAACAACAAAUUAAAAAUCAUAAAACAUGGCAUACAAAAUUAAUAAAAUUCGAUAAAAUUAA